UCCCUAAGGAGAACUCAAUAUGAGCGCGGGAAAACCCCAACCAACACCAUCAAGAAAAAGAUCUAGUCUAGGAUAAGGAUCUGAAAAGAGGGAAACACACAAAAUUGGAUGGAAGGUUUACCGUCUGCAAAAUAAGGAAGUCCAACUCAGUUAGGUUUGAUUUGUUGCCGCGUUAGGUUCGGGUUUGAAAUUGUUUAAAAAAAAAUUGUUCAACUACUAAUAACUUUUUUUUUUUGUUUAAAUAAUUAUUUACUAUUUUUUUGUUUUGUUCUAAUUUUUUAUUUAUUUUUGUUUAAAUAUUUGUAUUAUUUAAAGACUUGUAGUGUUUUUUUGCUUGUAUUAAAUAUUUUUUAUAUAAUUUUUGUGCAUUUUUUAAGAAUUUUUUGAAAAACACUAAAAACCUUAAAAUCAUGUCGUUCUCAAAAGCAAAAUUGAAGCGUUUCAACGAUGUUGAUAUAUGCGAUUCUCCUUCAGCUGCCUCAGUAGCGGCAACAUUAACAACUUCUACAGGCACAACUGUUGCACCCACAUCGUCGUCAUCGUCGUCCUCUGCCACAUCGUCAUCAUCAUCGUUGGGCUCUACUGCUCAUCCAGAACGUAAAGAACAAAUUGAGAAAUUUUUCAAAGACGCCGUUCGAGCAAAUGGUGCCUCGGCUUCAGCUAAAGAAUCCAAAGAAGGCAAAACCAAGGAAAAGAUAAGUUUAAAAGAAAAGGGUAUGCGUUUAUUUAGAACCCCUUCUUUGCCGCAUCGUUUACGUUUCCGACAACAUUCCGAUUUGACAUCAACUGGUAGUUCUUCAGCGGCUACCACAACUGCCUCAACACCCCUCCAUCAUAAUCAUCAUCAUCAUUCGACCAGUUCGACCCCCAUUAAAGAAAGCACAAAGUCUGUUUCAAAUUUAAAAGGCAAAGAAGCGUUACAAUUUGAAAUUAGAUCCAAAAAUGAACUCUUGGAGAAUUAUUUGAGUCAAAUUGAUGUCUUAAAGCGUCAUGUUGAACAGCUGAAGGAAACCGAAUCACGUCUCAAAGAAGAGAAUUCACAAAUUUUGGCCAAAAAUGAAUCACUCGUCAGUGAGUUGACUGAAGAAAAUCGAAAUUACAAAAACACUAUCGAUUGUUUGAGUUUGGAGAAAUCCCAACUCUCAGAGAAAUCUAAUAAUUUCGAAAUCGAAUUGAAAAAUCUCACCGAAUCCCACUCGACCGAGUUGAACCAACUCAAGACCAUCAAUUCAGAGUUGGAAAUCAAGUGUGGGUCUCUCACUUUGCACUAUGAACAAAAUCUCAGUGAAAAUUCGAAUCUUAACGAAAAAAUUGAAAAAUUAAACGAAGAAAUUGUCGAACUUAAGGCAAAUCUCUCUCGUACCAAUGAAGAACAUUCAGAAAGCUUGAAAGAAAUUGAAACUAUCAAAGCCAAAAAUGUCGAACUCUUAGAUGAAGUUAGCAAACUUAAAGUACAAAUCGAAACUGAUGCUUUAUCCUAUGCCGUUGAGACUAAAAACACUUUCGUUGAGUUAGAAUCUCUGAAAAAUGAAAAGAACUCUCUGCGAAAUGAUUUGGCUACAAAAUCCGAACUUAUUCAAAAUCUCCAAGAGGAAGUGUUGGAUAAAAAUUGUGAAAUUGAUGCCCAUCGUGAUACAAUUCGUUCACUCGAAGAAGAAAAACAAAAAUUCAUCAAUUUUGAACAGAUUCUUGCCGAAGCUGAUGACAAAGUUCGUUGUGUCGAAAAUCAAGCUGAACAAAAGAUCAAACAACUUGAAUCGAAUAUGGAACAGACAAUCGAACGUGAGAGAAACUAUUGGCGAAGUGAACUCAAUAAACGACAACAGCAAGCAGAGAAUCAAGUUAUCAAAAUCGAACUUGAGAAACAAGAUGUUAUGAUUCUUCUCGAAUCUACCAAUGACAUGCUCCGAGAACGUGAUGAAAAAAUACAAAAAUACGAAGAACAACUGCGAAAGGGUCUUGAUUAUUACAUUCAAUUGACCGAUACUCUACAAAAGCAAGUUGUAGACAUCAAAGCCGAUAUGGCAAAGACCAUUACAGAGAAGUACAAUUAUCAACUAACACUUAGCAAUACUCGUUCCACAGUCAAUAUUCUUAUGGAACGUUUGAAAAAAUCCGAUUCUGAUGUCGAAACAUUAAAGACUGAACUUGAGACAGUACAAGCUGCUAAAAUCCAACUCGAAACCAAUUACACUGAAUUGCAAAAUGAGCUGACUGCAUUGAAAACGGAUUUGGCCGAAAGUGAGAAGAAUCUGAAUGCCUUGCGGGAAUCAUCGAUGGCUUUACAAAAUGAGGAACGCAUCGAUGAGAAUGUCGACAAAUACAUUGAAAUGUACCUGGAUCUGAAGAAUAAAGAUGAUAAUCGUGAGGUUUAUAUGGCCGAUAUGCGCAAAGCUCUAGAUGAAUUUGCAACAGUGCUGGAAUUGGCUCAGUUGGAAAUCGAUAAUAAAGAUAAAUGCCUGACCAAGUUGAAGGAUGAAAAUGAAACUUUGAAACUUGAGAAUCUUUCACUCAAAUCAAAGGCAAAUGAGAGUUCCAAAUGUAUUGCUGAGAAGGACACAGACGAUCAAGAAGUUCUUAUUGAUUCACAAUUGAAAGCUGAAUGUGAUAAGAUCACAAAUUGGCUUCUAUCAUCGAAUGAAGAUAAUAAUGAAAUGAAAGAUAUGCUGCUAAAGGAGAAACUUAAUAAUACUCCCAAGAGCUUGCCUAGGACUCCAAAGAAUUGUCAAAAUACAACACCGAGGACUCCAAGAUCACCACGUACCCCAAGGACCCCAAAGACGUUGAAGACUGUCCUGUUCCCUGGUAAAGAAAACUUACUACCCACCAUGGAGGUCAUAAAGAGUCCACUUAAGACGAGGAAUGUGUAGACCAAGACGACCUACAAAUAAGACAGAGAGAUAGAAUUUUAAGUAUAGUCAAUAGGUAUAUCUUCUUUUGUAAUUUUUCUUUUCCCUCCGUAGGUUGUUGUAAGUAUUUUUAAUUUAUGGUGAUUACGAUCACGAACACAGACAUAUUCCAAAUAAUUUUAUGUGAAUGGAUUCUAUUUACAUAACAAGUUACCAUGUGACACAAUGUCUGUCAUUGUUGCAUAAAUGAUCGAGUAUGAGGUCUAUGAUGUUAACCCUCAUCAAAAAUGAAUAACGAACGUUUCGCAUGGAGGAUCUCCCCCAGAAAUUCUAUUCAGUUGUUGUUCCUCCUUCUUCCUUUUUUUUUUAUUGUUAUCGCAAUGAAGAAUGUCUUUCCUUUUGAAAGAAGUUCCUUUUUAUAUGCACACAAUAAUAAAAUUAUAAAGGAAAGGUGAUGAAAAGGGAACUCGUUCAAGGGGUACUUUUCUUCAUCGUCUACUUCUCGUACUAAAGAACUUAUCGUCUUAAAAGUGUGUGGUUAUUUUAAUGGAUACACACAAGCAACAGGAAUAUAUUCCUUUCCUAUACCUUCUUCAAGAAUAAUAAUACAAUCCAUGCAAUUCCUAGAAAAGAGAGGACAGAUGUUUCAUAUUUUUUGGCGCCAGAUUUUUAUCUAGCAUUGAAACUCUGGCAGGGACAAUUUUAAUAUUAUGGUGAACUGGACGUAAAGUCGUGUUGGUUCAUUGAACUUUAUUAAGGAUUUUAUUCAAAAUCCCUUAUGUAUUUAUUGUUCUAUUGUUAUAAGUACUAUAUUGAUUUGAAUUUUUCAUUAUUGUUGUGUUUUUCUUUAUUUUGUAAAAAAAAAAUAUCAUUUUUUUUAUUAUGUAUUUGGAUUUGAGACUUUAAAUAUUUGUUUUGCAGUUUUUGACUUGUACCUUAAAUUUAUUAUCUAAAAAGAAAACAA